GUAGAACAAAACUGUGGACUUCCAUGGCGGAAGGGAAAUGAAGAAGCCGAUCGUUCUCUUCAUAGUCGCCAUUAACGCCGCCGUCCUCCUUACAUUUCUCUCCCGAAAUAACCCAUCAUCGCCUUCUCCGCGACCUCGCGCUGCAGCCAGUUCUAGCUCCAUCUCCAUGGCUCGAAGCUUCAUACUGUGGCUCCACGGGUUAGGCGACUCCGGCCCCGCGAAUGAGCCCAUCAAGACCCUCUUCACUUCCCCUGAGUUCAGAACCACCAAAUGGUCCUUCCCCUCCGCCCCUUCCAGCCCUGUCACCUGUAACUAUGGGGCUGUCAUGCCGUCGUGGUUUGAUAUUCAUGAGAUUCCGGUGACUGCUGAUUCUCCCAAGGAUGAAACUAGUCUGCUCAAAGCAGUCAAGAACGUGCAUGCAAUGAUCGACAAAGAGAUAUCUGCUGGCGCAGAUCCCAGCAACGUGUUUGUCUGCGGAUUUAGUCAAGGAGGAGCAUUAACCUUGACCAGUGUCCUGCUUUACCCAAAAACCCUUGGCGGGGGUGCAGUUUUUAGCGGAUGGGUUCCUUUUAAUUCUUCCUUUCUCGAACAAAUCUCCCCUGAUGGGAGGAAGACUCCCAUAUUGUGGUCACAUGGGAUGGCUGAUAGGACAGUGCUGUUCGAAGCAGGGCAAGCGGGCCCUCCUUUCCUUGAAAAAGCAGGCGUGAGCUGCGAGUUUAAGGCUUAUCCUGGACUUGGCCAUUCAAUUAGCAAUGAGGAACUUCGGUACUUGGAGUCAUGGAUUAAAGCUCGUAUGCAGAGCUCUUCAUAGCAGGCCCCAUAUUUACUAGAUUACUACUGUUUCCACCCAUAUGGGCUAUGCAUGGAAAUAUUCUUGAAGCUAUCACUUGAUGAAAUGAAAGAUGGAUUCAGCAUUCUGGAAGUGUGUGUUAUUGCCAGAGUAACUAGGGGAAAAUGAUUCCUUGUAAGCGAGCGUCACCAUGUACCAAUGAGUGUUUCAGAUAGGCACUGUGAUUUAUUCCGUUCAUGUUCAUCUCAAUACGGACAAAUGUUUUGUCCUUUCCAAUUUUCUUUUGGUCCCAAGUUCGUUUUCAAAUAAAAAUUCAAGAAUCUCAUUCUUCUCAA